AAAUUAACCUAUAUAAAUUAUUAUUUUGAAACUAAUUUAUUACAUGAUUUUUUUUAAAAAGUCUUAAAAAAUGCAAAGAAGAGUAGUUGUUACAGGCAUCGGAGUCGUUUCGCCAGUCGGAACAGGAAUAAAGGAGGCAUGGAAAAAUAUUGUAUCUGGAAAAUCGGGUAUAAGUAAACUGGAAGGCCCGGAGUACGAUGGCCUACCGUGCAAAAUCGCCGGUAUCAUUAAAGACGGCGACUCGAAAUUCAACUUAUCUAAUUAUUUUUCAAAAUCUGAAUUAAAAACUAUGGCCCCCGCAACGGGUUAUGCCCUCCUAGCAACGAAACAAGCCCUAGACGACUCGAAAUUGGACAAAAUGGACGAUAAACUGAAAUACAGAACUGGCGUAGCUAUAGGCAUGGGAAUGGUAGAUUUAGAGGAUAUAUGCAAGACGUACGAAGCUCUAAAAAAGGGCUAUCAUCACGUCAGCCCCUUCUUUGUACCGAGAAUCCUACCGAACAUGGCAGCCGGGCAAAUAAGCAUAAAAUACGGUUUAAGAGGACCCAAUCACUCUGUUUCAACAGCUUGUGCUACCGGCGCACACGCCAUAGGAGACUCCUUUCGAUUCAUCAAAAACGGAGAUGCUGAUGUUAUGGUUUGUGGGGGAGCUGAGGCUUGCAUAUCGCCCAUAUCUAUAGCGGGUUUUUGUAGAUUAAGAGCCUUGAGCACGUCUUUUAACAAUGAACCGGAGAAGGCUUCGAGACCUUUCGAUAAGCAUAGGGAUGGUUUCGUAAUGGGCGAAGGAAGUGCUAUUUUAAUACUGGAGGAAUUGCAGCACGCUCUCGAUAGAAAUAGCCAUAUUUAUGCUGAAAUUUUAGGUUACGGGUUAUCCGGAGAUGCAUCACAUUUAACAGCUCCUCGUUCAGAUGGUACCGGUGCUUUUCUAGCCAUGGAACGAGCAAUAAAUGAUUCAAAAGUUGAAAUAAAAGAUGUUUUGUAUGUAAACGCUCACGCUACAUCGACUCCCAUUGGAGACUCCAUAGAAAUUAAAGCGAUUAAAUCUUUAUUUGAUACUUAUACGGCAGGAAUCGCUGUGUCUUCGACAAAGGGAGCUCACGGUCACUUAUUAGGCGCUGCGGGAAACUUAGAAGCUGCAUUCACGAUAAAGGCGGUUGAAGAAGGAAUUCUACCGCCUACGGUUAAUUUAGAAAAUAUCGAAGACAACGACAUAAAUUUCGUUCCUAAAACAAGCCAAAAAUGGAAAAACUGUGAUAGAAGAGUAGCGUUAAAAAAUGCCUUCGGAUUUGGUGGAACAAACGCCAGUUUGUGCUUUGCACAAUACAUAUAAAUUUUGAAAUUGAUUCUAAUAAAACGGCAUAGUUAUUUUAUCACUUUUAUAUUUUUUGAUUCUUACAUAUAAUGUAUGCUUAUAGUGCAUAUUAAAGACCUAUACAAAAAAAAUCUAUUUCAAUUGUAACAAUAAUAACCCAUUAUGGAAUGCAACAAAUACGUUAUAAAUAUAACUGUAUUAUAUUUUUUUUAUUUAUCAUUUUGAAUCGUACACAAAAUUAGGUGCACAAUUUUUCAUAACAACUGCUUUAUAUUU